CACACACACACGUUCCCUCUGCACCCCUCGUUAAGUGGGCGCUCUGACAGGGCCAUGAAAAUGAGGCGGACUCUCCGCCAGCUCCCCAGUGUGAACUCGUAGGUUCGAGGACUGGAUCGUCUCACUAUGGGAGCUUUUUGUGCUGCCAGGAACCUGUGUUUGUUUUUGCUCUUGUUUCAAAGUGGCCGGAGCGCAGCGCGCGGAGAGCACCGUGGUGCGGAGCGCUGUGACGUCUGUCACAUUGACGCACUUUGUGAAAACACUCCGGCUUCGUACAGGUGCAUCUGUAAGCCGGGCUUCAGGGGGGACGGGAGGCGCUGCGAAGACAUUGACGAGUGUGACAGCGAGUUCCGCGGCGGCUGCGUGCACGAGUGCGCCAACAUCCCCGGCAACUACCGCUGCGCGUGCCACGACGGCUUCACGUUGGCGCACGACGCUCACAACUGCCUAGAUGUGGAUGAGUGUAUGUUCAACAAUGGUGGCUGUCAACAGGUGUGUGUCAACACCAUGGGCAGCUACGAGUGCCGCUGCAAGGCGGGGUUUUUUCUCAGUGACAACCAGCACACCUGCAUCCACCGCUCCGUAGAGGGACUCAGCUGUAUGAAUAAAGACCACGGCUGUGCUCACAUCUGCAAAGAGACGCCCAAGGGGGGUGUGGCUUGUGAGUGCAGGCCUGGGUUCGAGCUGGCCAAGAACCAGAGGGGCUGCACAUUAACCUGUAACCAUGGAAAUGGAGGCUGUCAGCACAUAUGUGAGGAUACAGACCAUGGGCCUGUAUGCAGGUGUCAUGUGAGAUACACCCUGCAUUCUGACGGCAGGUCCUGCGUAGAGCGAGACGAGUCCGCGGUUGAGGCCUCCUUGGGACACAACUCCACCCUGCUCGCUGAAGUGGACAAGCGCGUCAAGCGCCGACUGCUCAUGGAGACCUGUGCUGUGAACAAUGGAGGCUGUGACUGCACCUGUAAGGACACAUCCACUGGCGUCCACUGCAGCUGCCCAGUAGGAUUCACACUGCAGCCGGAUGGCAAGACGUGCAAAGAUAUAGACGAGUGUGCAUCCCACAACGGCGGCUGCCAGCAAUUCUGCCGGAACACCAUCGGUAGCUUCGAGUGCAGUUGCAGGAAGGGUUUCAAGCUUCUCACUGAUGAGCGUUCCUGCCAGGAUAUUGAUGAAUGCUUCUUUGAGAGGACUUGCGACCACACGUGUGUCAACUCCCCGGGGAGUUUUGAAUGUGUUUGCAAUAAAGGCUACACCCUGUACGGCCUGGCCCACUGUGGAGAUAUUGAUGAGUGCAGCAUGAACAAUGGCGGCUGUGAACACAGCUGUGAGAACACCUUGGGCGGUUUCGAGUGCCACUGCCGUCCUGACUUCAAGUUGCACUGGAACAAGAAGGACUGCAUCAAAGCAGACCAUUUGGCCACAGCAAAGACACCUGCUAAACCCACGCUGAACUGCAGCAAGCUUGAUGGAGGUGACCGCUGCUUCCUGACCUGCCAGUCCCACGUUCACAUCAACAAUGGAGGUGAGGAUUCCUAUACAGUGAGCUGUGGAACUCCAUUACUCUGCUUCGCUGGAGGACAAAGAAAUGACAGUGGCUCUCAUUGCUUAGUUCUCCCUGCAGUGUCAGAUACAAGUGGUGUUCCUCGGAUCAAAACUACCGCUACGUUUAAAUCCAGCACAGGGAAGUGUAAUCUGCAAAGGAGCCAAGAGAAGCUGAAACAGGGCAUGAGUGCUGCUUUGUCAGGGAGAAAAGCCCCCAUCACUGAGAACGUCCAGUUCAGCUUUGUGAGCCUGCGGUGCAGCUCCUCCGGCCGCUGGGCACGCAGUCACCACGGCCGCAAGGUGGCAGAGGAGGAAGGCUCCUCCAUCACAGCCGAGUUUGAGCUAGAUGUGAACCUAGAGGAGGUAACAGAGAGCUGUGACCUGGGUUGCGUACGCCGCCGGUCUGAGAAACGGCUGCGCAAGACCGUCCGCACCUUGCGCAGGUCAAUCAGCCGUGCACAGUUCCUCCUGCAUUUUGCCGGCUCCCAGUACGAGUUGGCCAAGAAGACAAGUCAACUUGCUGAUGUGCCAGAGCCCUGUGGUUCUGGUCAAAUGCUAGUGGACGGGAAGUGUGUGAGUUGCAGUGUUGGAACGUUCUAUGACGGUGAGCAGGGGGGCUGUGUCCUUUGCCCGGCCGGAAAGUACCAAGAUGAGGAGGGACAGGUGUCCUGUGAGGCCUGUCCUGGGCCUCGGGUGGCAGGCGGUCUUCGGAUAGUUGGGGCCCGAAGCAUCUCCGAGUGCGGAGGUCAGUGUCCUCCUGGCCAAUACUCUCAGGAUGGAUUUGUCCCCUGCCUUCGCUGCCCGUUGGGUUCCUACCAGCCAGAGGUGGGCCGCACAUCUUGCUUCACCUGCGGAGGCAGCCUUGUCACUAAAUAUGAAGGGGCCAUUUCUUUCCAGGACUGUGAGACCAAAGUUCAAUGCUCACCUGGGCAUUACUACAAUACCAGCACCCACCGCUGCAUUCGGUGCCCCCUGGGUACCUACCAGGGCGAGUUUGGUCAGAAUCACUGUGUGGCCUGUCCCGGAAACACAGCCACAGAUUAUGAUGGCUCCACCAACAUCACACAGUGCAAGAACAGACACUGCGGUGGAGAGCUGGGAGAGUUCACAGGUUACAUCGAGUCCCCAAACUUCCCUGGAAAUUACCCUGCCAAUGUAGAGUGUACCUGGACCAUCAAUCCCCCACCCAAGAGGAGAAUCCUCAUUGUGGUCCCUGAGAUAUACCUCCCCAUUGAGGAUGAAUGCGGGGACUAUCUGGUUAUGAGGAAAAGCUCUUUUGUAAACUCAGUAACAACUUAUGAGACGUGUCAGACAUAUGAACGACCAAUCGCUUUCACCUCACGUUCCAAGAAGCUAUGGAUUCAGUUCCGAUCCAAUGAGGGUAAUAGUGGGAAGGGAUUUCAAGUGCCCUAUGUAACAUAUGAUGAGGAUUACCAAGAACUCAUUGAAGACAUAGUCAGGGAUGGCAGAUUGUAUGCAUCAGAGAAUCACCAAGAAAUACUAAAGGACAAGAAGCUGAUGAGAGCCCUGUUUGAUGUUUUGGCCCAUCCACAGAACUUCUUUAACUACACAGCUCAGGAAUCAAGAGAGAUGUUCCCCAAGUCCUUCAUUCGAUUUUUGCGAUCGAAAGUUUUAAGAUUCCUACGUCCAUAGGAAUAAUAUAAAAGGAAACCCUGGCUCAUAGCUUUUAAAAUCCUUCCCAUUAGUGACUUUUCACAGGACUGAGAUGGAAUAUAUAAGCCACCUACUUUGUGCUACACAGAACAACAAACCUGAGUUUCUGUCAAUUUAAAGCCUUGUGGAAUAUGUGGUGAAGACACAUAACAGUUCUGCACUUUCCCCAAAGAAAGACAUGUAAGCAAGCUUCACCUCAAUCGAUUUUCUUCUUCAAAAGAAUGUGUUUGGAGGGCUACUGAAUUUAAGGAUGUUUUUUAAAGGACUGAUGAUGUGAAAUGUUCUCAAACUGGGAAACUCUCUGCAACAGAAUUCCAGACUGAAUUAAAAAACUAUGCUAAAUCAAUGGAUCAGUAACAAUUACCUGUAAUUCACAAAAUAUCAUGAUACACAAAUAGGGAUUAUGAAACAAAAAGUGACUUUAUGAUCUGUCAUGUUUGAGCCCAGCAUGGCAGUCUGCUUUUACUGAGAAACUGAGAAAGUUUGUUUUGAACUCACAACUGUCCCAAGGAAUGGAAAUGAGAAAUGCCGCCACAGGCUUUUGCUGUAGCAGACACUAUCUGUAGCUGUGUUUACCCUGUAGGGCAAUAUUGUGUACCAUUGCAAGAAAAAGGUCAAAAUGAGUGUACAAGAGUUAUACAACACACCUAUGUCAAGAUAAUUAUUGCUAUAUUUACCAGACAAAAGAUUACAUGUUGUAGUUAAAGAACUAUGUUUAUAGCAUUAGGAAAGUGAUGUUAUAAACAAUGAGGUGACAGCUUCUGAAGUUGAAGUUGAACGUCUGAGAAAUUAUAUCAGGGCAAAAAUGUCCAUUUGUUGAAAACCUUAAAGCACUACAAGAGAGUGGUGAAACAGUUAAAGCAAUUAUGUAUAUGAAUGUCUUUUGUAUAUUAUGUAAAGAAUAAUUAAAAACAUGUAUUCUGGU